GGAAAAUAGUUGUAUCAAGGGACGUAAGUAUAGAUCAGGUAAGUUUUUACAAUUUCCAGACAUUUUACCGACGGAAGUAUUUUAAGAAAUAUUGUAUGACCAAGAUUUCUGCAACAACAUAAAAAAGCUGUUUGAUAAUAACUGUACCUGUAAAUGAGGGGAUAAUAUGAACUGGUACAUUGGGUAAAUUAUGCUUUUUAUCUGAAAUGUUGUAGUUGAUGACCAUUUUACACAACAAAAUGGACAAUAUUGUUAAAGUGUUCCUCUGCUUGGGAUUGUGCUUUGUGGCACUCGGGGAAAAAUGCGAUUGUCCUAGGGGUCCACGAGGUUUUAGAGGUGUGAGGGGAAAGCCUGGUAAGGAUGGUGCCCCUGGAGAAAGGGGACCCCAGGGACAAAAGGGUGACCCUGGAACACAGUGCGCUAAACCAAGUUCAUGUCCAAGUGGAUUCGUUUUCAAUCCGUCUCUCAAUUCCUGCUAUUAUUUUAUGUACAUCUAUACCUUGUCAUGGUUUGACGCAAAUGUCUAUUGUGCGCUACAGAACGCCCAUUUGGUCGCAAUAGAAUCUGAAACUGAGCAAAAGUAUAUUUGGGACAAAAUAUCUUGGGAUCAAAAU